AUGCAUAUUUUUUCACCAUUGCUACUCAUCCUGACCAUGAUGUUGGCUGAAGCCACAGUCCUUCCUGGCCCGCUGCAAGUGGCCAAUACCUUUUCUCAUAUUGCCAACGAGCUCGGGCACAUCAGCCUUGGGAACUGCUCGUUGGCACAUGCAUGCCUUCCUCUCAAAGAUACCAAGGUAGCCCUCCCUGACCCGUCAUCGCACUUGACUCUCAAGUACAUUACCGUGGGUCGCGGGAUUCAAAACUACUCGUGUCCAUCCAUCCAUGCCUCCUCCCGAAACACUACAACUCCCAAGGCAAUCGGUGCUGCAGCCACCCUUUUCGACGCUUCCUGUGUUGCCUCUACCUCGAUGAAUCUGUUACAUGAGCUUCCUGCCAUUGCUGCUCGCACCCCCCUUGGAUCUCUAGCCUUCAUGGCAGAGAUGUUGAGCAGCACCACAAACUCUUCGUACCUCAUAGUUGGCGAACAUUACUUCGAUGCCGCUGGGGACCCCUUCUUUAAUUUGAAGCUCAGUGGACAUGAUGACUGGAUGGUUGCCGCGAAGAUCGCAUCGGUCUCAGCGCCUACGAGGGUGUAUACAACCAAGACUGCGAGCAAAGAUGUUGCCUGGCUAAGUUUAAAGCGCAAGGAUGGACAGGGAAUUAAGGAGGUGUACCGAGUUAUGACCUUUGAAGGAGGCGCUCCGUCAACAUGUGCUGGUUUGAACGAUACUGUUAUUGUCGAUUACGCUGCCGAGUACUGGUUUUAUGGAUAA